AUGAAAUCGUACUUCAUCUUGUUGUCUAGUUUCUGGGACUUGUAUGACUUGAUAAAACCACAAACAACAGUUGAAUUCUUUUUGGUGAUGUUCAGUGUGUCUAUCCAGUGUUCUUCGACUUCCCAAGAGCCAUCGACUCCAGGUAUCAAUUCGGAUGUACAGAUCGAUGAUGUGUUUUCGGUUUCAAGUUGGUUCCUGUCGUGCUACCCGGCGGCCAUCAAGAGGGGAACCAAAUUCAGUUUCACUCUGCAUUGCCUCGGAAAACAGCCCCUUGAGUAUAAAGCUUGUCUUCGCCCAACACAUGUCUUUUCCUCCUUCUCCUCCUCACGGCCGGCACUCGUGGUGCUAAGCCACUCGCUCCUUACCACAAUCUUUAUCGCCGACCGUUUUCCUCGUUCUCUUUGGUUUUAUAGCUUCGGGCCUCUUAUUCUUGGACAUUGGAUCUUUUCUUGUGCCAUCAAUCAAGCCAGCAGGCCUACCACUCCUUCGUUCCAUCGGGUAGUCCUUCAUCAUCAUCUUGCUACCUUUGAGACCGUUGAUCCUUCGUGGAUCCAGACCGGGAGCUGCGGGCCUCUUGAUGAAUACGACUGGAGCCUUUCGUCGACUUCAUGUGUGCCUGCUGGGCAGCAUAAUGGGAAGAAGAGAAACAAUGCGCCAGAUUUGCCCGAGCACGAUGGGAGCAUCACUCCCGACCCGUCUUUACCACAAAAUCAAGAAAAUGUCGAGCGCGGCAUCGAGCAACGCCUAGAGGCCAACACACCGAUUCCCGGGCCGGUUGACAGACAGCCAAAUGCACUGCGGUGCUCCGAGUGCGGAUGCAUCCACACACACCGAUACUCUUUGAAUCGGUGUAAAGUGAAACACCUCAGACCGUUCAAGUGCGGCGUGGGAGACUGCGCCAAAGGCUUUUAUCUGAACAAGGACUGCGUUCGCCAUCGCAAGGCCAAACAUCCCGAGACGGUGGGGAACAUCACGCGGUAUUUCUGCCCUUAUUCGGGCUGCAAACAUGCCGAAGGAAAAGGCCACGGAUGGUUGAGGAAAGACAACUGGAGGAGGCAUGUUAAUACACAACACCGCGGCCUGCAAAAAGCUCGGUAGUCGAGCUUCUUUUGAACGUACCGGCGUCUAAAUCUUUGCCCAAUACACAUGCCAUGCUCUACCAAAUUCACUAUGGCCAUACGCCACUGUUGUUCUGAUUGAUGCCAAACAGAGCCCCUGACGGCCGCCAAAUAC